AUGGGUGGUACGGAGUUAGAAGGCAUAACGUGGUCGAAUGUAGGUACGGUGUCAGUCGCGGAAAAUGAACCGGGAGGUACUGCAGUUUUAAAUAUGACUAACAAUUAUCGGUCGGGACUGGAAUAUUACAUAGUGAACGUUACGGGAGACGGAAAACAAGUGGACAGAUUAUUUGAUAUAGACUCUGCGUUAGGUAUCUUGUCUACAGCUGUACCACUGGACCGCGAAGCUGGCGUAGAUAGGUACGAGGUGGAAGUGUGCGCCGUGUCUUCGAGCUCCCCUUUGAAAUCGACCACUACAAAGGCCUUGUAUUCCCUUUGUGCAUAG